UCUCACAAAUACCAGAGGUGCAUGUGCGCAUUUACGCACUAGACAUUCACUACGCAGAGUUUUCUUCGACUUAGCAAAAGCGUGUCCGGACUAGAUUUCUGCGUCUUUCAAUAGGAUUACAUGAGUCAAAAAUGAUUCAUUCGCAUGUCAUCAUCAUGGUCCUGUGCCUUGGUCAUUUUUACUCAGCAUUUGGACAGGACUGUGCCAGCAGGCAGGAGAUGCAGAGCUCUCUGAAGCAAGUUCAGAAGCUCCUCUCUGCCCACGAGGCUUCGUAUGUCCAGAGUCUGCGCACCCUGAGGAAGAAGAUCAACCUGCUGCAGGCUGCCACCACCAAACAGGCCGCCAAACCCGACAACGGAACCUGCCCAAAGCUGGAGGCUCCCGCCAACGGCAGGAAGUUGGGAAAGGUGCAGACACCAGGCCAUGAAGUCCACUUCCUGUGCGAAGCAGGCUAUGAGCUGGUCGGAGCAGAGACCAGGAUGUGUCAGGAUACCUUCACCUGGAGUGGCCAGCAGCCCACCUGCCGAAACAUAAACGAGUGUGAGUCCUCUCCCUGUCUAAAUGGAGGGACGUGUAUGGACGAGGUCAACCAGUUCUCCUGCACCUGUACCAAAGGCUGGGCUGGAGCUACUUGCCAGAGCCCUGUGCCAACAUUUUUCGUCACCAUGAUGAACACCUCAUCUUCCACAGCUGGCUCCUCCUCCACCUCUGCAGCAGCUGCCACCACAUUGCCAGCAGCAACAGCCUGGCCGUAUGUCCGUCCGUCCCGCUGUACACAGGUUCAGGGCACCACCCACUGCACCUGUGACCCAGGGUACACCAUCUCUGGACGAGACACCUCCACCUGCACAGACAUUGAUGAGUGUGAGCUGUUCCACAACGGUCCAGCUGGUCGACUGUGUUUGCACUCCUGUGUGAACACCCCUGGAGGCUACCGCUGCACCUGCCCAGCAGGGUACAACAUCACCCGGGAUGGACGCAACUGCAAAGACAUAGAUGAGUGUGCCACCAGACAGAACACCUGUUCACGGGACCAAAUGUGCAUCAACACCUAUGGAGGGUUCCAGUGCGUGCGUGUGGACUGCCCUCGAGUCAAAAAUGCGACUUACGUCAAGACCUCACCUAUGCGUUGUGAGCGGAACCCCUGCCCUGUGGACAACAAGGCGUGCUCCCAGGCGCCCAACUCCUUCUCCUACCACUUCCUGUCUGUCAUCUCCAACUUGUCAGCACCCCGCGUCAUGUUCCGGGUGUCGGCGGUCCGCGUGAUGGGGGACACACUGCGGUUCUCUCUGCUGGGGGGAAAGCAGGCUCGCCGGCACUUCACAGUGCAGCGCUCGGACCGCCAGACGGGUCAGCUGAUGCUGGUGAGCCCGAUCCCAGGCCCCACAACUCUGGAGGCCGAGGUGGAGAUGAGUGAGCUGGAGAAACGCGUCCAGCUGGGGAGAUACAUCACCAAAGUGACCAUGUUUGUGUCUCAGUACGACUUCUAGAGGGACGGGGAAUGAUGGGUUGGUGGGCAGGGAGGUGAAGGGGUAUUGGUGAGGGGAGUACUGGGGGUUGAGAAAGCGAGAUCGAAAGAGGGAGGAUGUGGGAGAGAAAGGGGAGGGUUUUGAAAACUGGCAUGAUAGGGGAAAGAAGAGGAGAAGAUUCGCAGACAGGGAAUUAAAGAUAUGGAGGGGAUGAGUGCGAUAAUAGAACAUGGAUGAAAAGGUGACUGUGGGUAUAAAAAAGUGAUUUGAGUGAGGGUUAAGGAGUCAUGAGUAAAGGGGUAGGAGGUACCACAGGGGUACAGAGAUACGGACAGAGCUACGUAGUAGUUUUCCUCAAUUGUGAGGAGGUGUCCAUCUUUUCCCAGAUGGCUUUGCACUCUGGUGACUCACAUAAUCUGGUGGUGGUGGGGGGGCAUCUUCAGUGCAUCUUCAUGUGGGAUGAUCAGGAUAAUCCAGGCACACAACCACACUUCCUGUAUUUUCUGCUCUUCUCUACAAACCAGUUUUUUAUAUUUAUUUUUAAACAACGAUCGAUUGUACAAUCUUGUUUUCCUCCUUUUUAUUUAUCAGCCAAAGCACCAUGUAUUAAACAUCUGAAAC